AUGAAGUCCAGAAACUUCUUGAGCCUAGUGGUGGUACUUCUUGUCCUUGGAACACUGGUGGCACAGGCAGCUGUCAUAAAAGGUCAAGGCACUGCGAAAGGACAAGAUCCAUUCAAAGGACAAGAUCCAUUCAAAGGACAAGAUCCAGUCAAAGGACAAGAUCCAUUCAAAGGACAAGAUCCAUUCAAAGGACAAGAUCCAUUCAAAGGACAAGAUCAAGUCGAAGUCACACUCCCCUAUAAGCCUGGCUUCUGCCCCAUGAUUCAGAUCCAGUGCUUCAUGAUAAAUCCCCCUAACAAAUGUCUGAGAGAUGCUGAUUGCCUGGGGAGAAUGAAGUGCUGUGUGGGCAGUUGCGGGAGAGAAUGUAUGAAUCCUUGGUGA